AGGGUUCAAGAAGACUCGGUUUCACCGGAUGCCAUGGCAGACGAGCAGCGGACCUUUGAAGGUGAUGACUCGGGCGGUUUUCCUGAUGGGGCUCCAUUAGCAGGGACCCAUACCUGGCAAAAGCCACAGGGAGACAAGCAGCAUGAGAACUUCAGGUAUAACAAUGUGCGGUUCCUCCAGGAGCAAAACAAAGAUGCCACGAAAGCCUUAGACCGAGUGGAGGAGGAGCGUGACGAGGCCUUCGCGGCCAUCGCCCAGUGGGAGGAGAAGCGCUUGCAGAUCCAGUCGGACUACCAGAAGCUGCAGCAAGAGCUUGCUGACACCGAGGACAAGUGCAACGUGUCCGCAGCGGAGAUCCACAAGCGCGAUGAGCAGAUCCGCGUCCUCUCCGAGCAGAACCGCUCGCUCCUCGACAUGCUGGAGCAGGAGGAGCAAACGGUGAAGGAACGCUCCAGCCAGAUCCAUGAGCUCUCGGCCACCCAGGCGCGGUUGCAGAAGAUCUCCGACGAAUACAAUGUCGUGAAGGCCACAGGCAAUCAGCAGCUCUUGGGCGCCUACAACGAGAUCGCCAAGUUCGAAGAGGAGCUUCGAAAUGCACAAGCUGAGACGGGUCAGCUCAAAGAGGCCGAGCGGAACUUUGCCGCCCAGGCCAAAGCUGACAUCGAGGCCUUGGAGUCGAAGCUGAAAGAGUCGAAAGAUAUGAAUGUCCAGUACCUUCAGCAGAUCCAGCACAACGAGG